CACUUUCUCCUCGCCUAUAGCUUCCAGCUCUGCUCUGAGGCAAGCAGCUCCCGAAACUGACACCCACAGGGUUAAACCUAGUUGCUGUAGCCAUCCCUCCUCCUCCCUAGUCCCCCUUUUCACUUAGGCUGGCAGCUAUCCUAACUGCCUACUGAAGCCAAAUGCUUGAGGAGAGAGAGAGUAAGGAGCCAGCCAUGAAUCCCUUCCAGAAAAAUGAGUCCAAGGAAACUCUUUUUUCACCUGUCUCUACCGAAGAGGUGCUGCCUAGACCUCCAAGUCCUCCAAAGAAGCCAUCUCCGAAAAUCUUUGGCUCCAGCUAUCCACUCAGCAUCGCCUUCAUCGUGGUGAAUGAAUUCUGCGAGCGUUUUUCCUAUUAUGGCAUGAAAGCUGUGCUGACCUUGUACUUCCUGUAUUUCCUGCACUGGAAUGAAGACACCUCCACAUCUGUAUACCAUGCCUUCAGCAGCCUCUGCUAUUUCACCCCCAUCUUGGGAGCAGCCAUUGCUGACUCAUGGCUGGGAAAAUUCAAGACAAUCAUCUAUCUCUCCCUAGUGUACGUUCUUGGCCAUGUAUUCAAGUCUUUGGGUGCCAUACCAAUACUGGGAGGAAAGAUGCUGCAUACAAUCUUAUCAUUGGUUGGCCUGAGUCUAAUAGCUCUGGGGACAGGAGGUAUCAAACCCUGUGUGGCGGCUUUUGGUGGUGACCAGUUUGAAGAAAAACAUGCAGAGGCACGGACUAGAUACUUCUCAGUCUUCUACCUCUCCAUCAAUGCAGGGAGCUUGAUUUCUACGUUCAUCACACCCAUGUUGAGAGGAGAUGUGAAGUGUUUUGGGGAAGACUGCUAUGCACUUGCUUUUGGAGUUCCGGGAUUGCUCAUGGUAGUAGCUCUUGUUGUCUUUGCAAUGGGAAGCAAGAUGUACAGAAAACCACCCCCUGAAGGAAACAUAGUAGCUGGAGUGAUCCAAUGCAUAUGGUUUGCUGUCUGCAACCGCUUCAGGAACCGUUCUAGGGACGUUCCAAAGAGACCCCACUGGCUAGACUGGGCAGCGGAGAAAUACCCAAAGCAUCUCAUUAUGGAUGUGAAGGCACUGACCAGGGUCCUGUUCCUUUAUAUCCCACUGCCCAUGUUCUGGGCUCUUUUGGACCAACAGGGCUCACGAUGGACCCUGCAAGCUAACAAAAUGAACGGUGAUUUGGGAUUUUUUGUGCUUCAGCCAGACCAGAUGCAGGUACUAAAUCCCUUUCUGGUUCUUAUCUUCAUCCCAUUGUUUGACCUUGUCAUUUACCGGCUGAUCUCCAAGCUCAGAAUUAACUUCUCCUCACUUAGGAAAAUGGCUGUCGGGAUGAUCCUAGCAUGCCUGGCAUUUGCAGUUGCAGCGUUUGUAGAGAUAAAAAUAAAUGGAAUGACUCAUCCCCAGCCAGCUUCCCAAGAGGUUUUCUUACAAGUCUUGAACCUGGCAGAUGGUGAAAUAAAGGUGACAGUGCUAGGGAGUAGAAAUAAUUCUCUCUUGGUGGAGUCCAUCAACUCUUUCCAGAACACAACGCACUAUUCCAAACUACACCUGGAAACAAAAGUCCAAGAUUUACGUUUUCAUCUGAAGCAUAACAACUUGUCUGUCUACAAUAAGCAUCCUGUAGAGGAGAAGAACUGUUACCAUUUGGUCGUUUAUGAGGAUGGGGAAAGUAUCUCCAGUGUGCUGGUAAAGGAUAUGGAAAUCAAACCAGCCAACGGAAUGACAGCCAUCAGGUUUAUUAACGCCUUGCACAAAGACAUCAAUAUCUCCUUGGAAUCAGAUGCUCCUCUCAGUGUGGGCAAAGACUACGGAGUGUCUGCAUACAGAACUGUGCUGAGAGGAGAGUACCCUGCAGUGCACUGUAAGAUGGAAGACAGAGACUUUUCUCUCGACUUAGGUCUCCUAAACUUUGGUUCAACGUAUCUGUUUGUGAUCACUAAUACCACCAGUCGAGGUCUUCAGACUUGGAAGACAGAAGAAAUUCCAGCCAAUAAACUGUCCAUUGCAUGGCAGCUACCACAAUAUAUCCUGGUUACAGCAGCAGAGGUCAUGUUUUCCGUCACAGGACUCGAGUUUUCUUAUUCCCAGGCACCAUCUAGCAUGAAAUCUGUGCUCCAGGCAGCCUGGUUGUUGACAGUUGCAGUUGGGAACAUCAUCGUGCUUAUUGUGGCACAGUUCAGUGGCCUGGUACAGUGGGCCGAAUUCAUUCUGUUCUCCUGCCUCCUGCUGGUGGUCUGCCUGAUUUUCUCCAUCAUGGGUUACUACUAUGUUCCUCUAACGUCAAAGGGCGUUCAGGAGCCAACGGAUAAGCAGGUUCCUCAGACCCAGGGGAACACGAUCAACCUAGAAACCAAGAAUACAAGGCUCUGAUGACUCACUGGACUCGUGACUGAUUCCUGGCUCUGGUUUCAGUCAUCUCUUAUCUUCGGGCCUAUUUCACCCCUACCGGGUUAGGAGAAGGAAACAGCAUUUUAUCUGAGUGGAUCUUCUCCAUUUUUUUCUACCACAACAGAGGCAAUUCUAGGAUUAGGUUUUCAGGUAUAUCUUUAAACAAGAAUCCAAGAGACUCUGUGUCCUCCGGGCUACCAAUAAGCUCACUAAACAUCAGGCAAUGUUUCUCAAGCUAGCCUAGUAUCUCCAAAUGGCCAUGAAAAUACAAAUGUGUCAUAGAGAUAAGUCUCUGUGGGCAUGCUAAGUUUGGGAGACUCCUUUAUCAGGUAUUUAGAACUGAUAACUCCAUUUGUUGACAUGUUGGUUUGGGAGCAAAAGUGCAGAAUAGUAGAGGAAUGGUAUUUCACGUUUCUUUAUCAGUAGUAUAAUUGUACUGUUCAUGAAGAUGUCAAGAAUGGUAUGUAUGGUAUGAUCUAAUCCAGAGGCCAGCUUGUCAGCCUCUAGCAAGUUUAAUAUGAUUUUAAAUGGCAGGCUACAGAAUGGCAUUUUAUUACAGCAUAGAAGAUACAUCUUUCUGAUUACCACAGCGUUUCAUCUACUCAUCCAAACACUCCUUGUUUCUGUCCUGAACUGUGCUCUUCCGAGGACAUCUGUCUAACAAACUAACUAUAACUUUGCAACCCAGCUUUUUAAGUAUUGCUGGAACAGCUUUAUCUUAUUAUUACAUCUCAUUUUGCUUAGUACAGCAAAUCUUCAGUAACAAAAUGUUUUUCUAGCCCAACUUCCUUUAAUUUUUUUCUAUUUGGCUUGCUUGUGAUGUAUUUUUAGUUUUUUUCAUAAUUUUUGUUUACAUUUCUCCCUUUAGUCUUAGAAAUUUCCUGUUUAUUGAAAAGGGAUGACAAUACUACUGUUUUGAAUCUCUAAACUGUAAUAUUCAACAAAUGGGCAAGGUCCUGCAUGAGAAACCUAUCAAAAUCUGCAGGGGUGGGCAGAGCAUGUGGACUUUCUGUUUGUGUGUGUGAACAAAAAGUGUCUGGAAACAGUAUCUCACGUGCAAUGUGUGGAUCAAGGGACAUGCUUGGGAGUAGCAGGACGGUGUCAUGUGUUGCUAGGAGGAAAAAUUCACAAGCUCUGUAUGAUAGACCUCAUUUCCACCCCCUUUUACUACUUCGUUCCCAUCUAUAGCCACGCUGGAUCGCAUUUUGUUAAUAAUGUAAUAUAUUCUUAAGAGAAUCUGCUCCAGUUCUUCAAGCUUUAAAUACUGUAGUUUUAAUGACUAAGAUUUCAGAAGCACAGAAGAGAUCGCAAUACCAUUCAUUUCCCCCAGAUACCUUGUUGUGAACUUGUCCAUACUCCUUUAGAAGAUGUUCAUUUCUAAGCAGCUUUAACUCAAACUAUUUUUUGACUUUUGUUGUAAGAGAUGUUAACACUGAUCUGUGAAUAAAAGGUUUUAUGUACAAGUAAA